AGAUUAGGAACCUCCCUCAUGUCAUGACAUGCUACAUUGGACAAACUUAGGUAGACUUUCGAAACGAAAACACAUUCAAGUUGUAUUCUUUCAGCUUUCAAAGGUUUCACGCUGAAGAAUGGAAGAUUUCUACUAUAUGAACUUCUCUCAGGACACAAGCCAUGACAACUUCUAUCAUGAUUACAAUAACAGCGCCACUGAUGACUCUGACGAUUAUGGCAAAAUUGGAUUCGUCAUAGAUGUAUUGACAUGUAUUAUCAUUGGUAUCGGCCUUCCUUUGACCCUUGUGGCCAUCCAUGGUGUUUAUUCUCUGGUGAGAAACGAUCAUGUUGCUCCGAUCUACGUCAUCAACCUCCUCAUUUCUGACCUCAUUCAGUUCUGCUGCAUGAUCGUUGAAGUGGCAGAACCUGAGGAUUGGAAGAUUAAUGAAGCCUUCUUUUCUAUUUACUAUUUUGGUCUGAUGGCCAGUGUUGGCUUCAUGGUGUGUGUCGCCCUGGAAAGGUAUUUGGUCAUCGCCUGUCCGCUGUGGUACCGCUUCCAUCGAACAAUUAAGAUCCCUAUAGCGGUCUGUGUCAUGGUCUGGGCUCUGCCUCUUGUAUUUCUCCUCCCUUUAAUUUACGAU